AUGGUCCGCUUUACCUCCUUUACCAAAGCCGCAAUCUUCCUGACCGGCACCAUCAACGUGCACCUUGCUGCAGGCAAAAUUUGGGCACAGUUCUGUGACGACACGUCGUGUACGAAGAAUUGUGGCGUCUCCGUUGAUGUGAACGAUCCCGGUUGCUUAACAGGAGAAGGUGGUCGUCAAUCGCUCAAGUUUCACGGAUCCGACUUUCUCGGUACUUAUUUAGUGCAUUCGCCAGACAACAAUUGCGGAUGCCAGCAAGACUGCACUGAGAUAUCCCGUAGCGCCCCGCCGUGUAUUGAUAUUUCUGGCAAGGUCGCCUCCAAGUCCUAUCGCUUUCAGCUUACGACUUGUAAGGAACUUGAAGGGGGACCUGGGGUUGGGAAUAAUUGCAAGCCGACAAAGAUCGUCACCUCGCCUUAA